AUGGAGGUGAUAGAUAUAAGGUCAUUGAAUGGAUCAAUAAUAAACGUAUUCCAGGAAGCACAGUUCGGACUUUCUGGUCACAGGAAAUUAGUGGUUAAUUUGAAAUCCAUUUUGAAUAAGAGUGUUGAAUUAGGUUAUGAAGAGAGUUUCAUAUAUCAAAUAAAUAAACUAAUCAAUAAGAUAUUAGAUCUUAAAAAGGGAGAAACCGCAGGUGAUAGGAUUGUUAAAUUCAUUGCUCUGUUUCUUAGAUCCUUACAACAAGAUAUUGCCAAAAAAAAUGAAGGAAAGAAUGAAGAUGAUGAAGAAGAAGAUGAACCAGUCGCCAAUUUAGUUGAUAAUAUGUUACGUCAUUUAUCUAUUGGUAUGAGAGCUAAGAAUAGGAAUGUAAGAUACAGGGUAGUCCAGAUAUUAUCCUAUGUUUUGGCCCAUAUUGGAGACAUCGAUCUUGGAUUGUGUCAAGCGAUUGUUGAUGGAUUAUAUAUGAGUUUACAAGAUAAAGAACAAAAUGUUAGACUUAAUGGAGUGAUAGCAAUUUCCCAUUUCCAAGAUUUGUCUAAUGAACAUAUUAAAGAGAUCGGUAGGUAUGAGAAUAAGGAUCAUUUAAGUAAUAUCAAAGAAUCUGAAAGACAGCAUAAAGAAAGGCUUCAAAAAUAUCAAUCUUUAAGUUUUGCAACAAGACUUUUAAUAGAUACUUUGAAUGAAGAUGAGAGUCCUGAAAUAAGAAGAGCUGCUCUCCUCAAUGUAGCCAAAAAUAAAAUCACGUUACCUUACAUUUUCGAAAGUGCUAGAGAUGUCAAUCCAACUAAUCGUAGAUUAUUUUAUUCCAGAUUUUUAAAGGAAAUUGAUCUCAGAGAUAUUAAUAACCUUCAAUUAAGUAAAUUCGUUUCCUACGGGUUGAAUGACCGUAGUGAUCAAGUAAGAUUGGCUGCCAUCAAAACUUUUAAUUAUUGGUUUCAAACGGUUUUCAAUAAAAAUUUCACUAAUUUCAUAAACACCUUCACAAUUGAAGAAUUGAAUACUGAAGAGAUUAAGAACAUCGAUAAAUUAUUGAAAGAGAUCUUUCAAUUAAAUUUCGAAUUAGUGAAGUCCAUUGAAAUCGAUAAUUGGAGAGAAACUACUAUUGAUAAAUUAUUUUUCAUUAGGAAUUUAUUUGAAUUCCUUAAUGAUAACAAAUAUUUCAGUUUGAUUGAUGAAAAAUUCAUUGAACCUAUUGAAUUGAGUGAAAUUAUCUUUAGACACUUCAAACAAAGGAAUUCUAUCAUUGAGCAGAAUAAGGAUUUAAUUAAUAAGUAUAAAAAUUUCGAAAAGAAUCAGAAGAAUUACCAGAAUAAUCUUGACGAUAUUGAAUAUGAAUAUAGUUUGAUAGUAGAGAAUGAAGAAUUAGAUUCAGAAGAAGUUAAAUUGAAAGCUAAUGAAUUGGAUAAAACUUUCCAGAAGAUUUUGGCCGAUAAGGAACAAGAAAUGAUCGAAUUCAAACCUGAUUAUAAGAAUCAUAGGAUGUUCCAAACCGGUUUAAAAUCAUUGGAAAUUAUCAUUAAUAAUUUUUUGAAAAUCAGUUUGAAUUAUGAUUAUAGUGAUGAAAUUAGUCGAAGAGGAUUAUUACAAAUCGUGAGAUCCAGUGUUACUAAUGAUUAUUUAUCUGAUGAAACCGUUGAAUUAUGUUUGAAGAUCAUUAAUAAGUUGAGUAUCAACGAGAAAGAAUUUGUAGAUAUUGUCAUUGAAGCCAUUACUGAUAUUAGAGAUUCCCAAUCAGACGAAAAUGAUGAAACCUUUCAUUCAGCUAUCUCAGGAUUCAUUGAUGAUGACGAUGAUGAAGACGAGGAUGAUGAUGACGACGACGAAGAGGAAGGUGAAGAAAUUCUUCAAGAUGAUUAUACUAAUAAUAUCAAUCGAAUUGGCAAUGUUUUCGAUAACGAAAAUUUUACAUCUUCUGUUACUCCUAAGAGAAAACGUAGAAAGAUUCAACCAAAAGAAUUCUCUGAAGAAGUAGUCAGUCAAGGUUUGAUAACAUUCCAAUAUUUGUUAGAAUUAAUUGAUAGUCCAAUCCAAAAUAAUAUGGUUGAUUCCAUUGUAGAAACCUUAGUCAGGCAAGGAAUUCAAAAAUUAGAUGAAAAAGUGGGUGAAUGUUCUAUAAGAUGUAUGUCUUUAUUAGCUCUUUUCAAAAGAGAAGAAGCUAUACGUGAACUUAAUACUUUUAUGAUUGUAAUGUCUAGAUACCCUCAAAGUGUAGGAGUAGUUGCUUUGAAAGCAAUUUUUGAUAUCUUGUCCACUUUCGGAUCAAAAAUUUUUGAUUUCAGUUACCUUACACCCACAGAAGUGAAAUCAGGUUUAGAAUCCCGUAAAUUAAUUACUAGCAAAGAUAUAGCUAAAGCACUUGUAGUUUGUUUAGAAAGUACCGAACAUCCAAUUAUUCAAACCAUUGCAGCUGAAGGGUUAUGUAAGCUUUAUUUAGCAGAUAUCAUGGAUGAUUAUUCCAAAUAUGAUCAUUUAGUAGAUGAAGAAGCUGAUGAAGAAUCUAAACAAAUUUUAUCAUUGAACUUACUUUUAAAAGUUAUAUUGGCAUAUUUUAACCCCAAGAAUAAAGCUAAUAAUGAAUUCAAACAGACCUUGACUUUCUGUUUACCAGUUUACGCUUUCAGUCAUGGCAAACAUCAACAGAAUCUUUGUAAGAUUUCAGCAGAUAUUUUAUUAAGAUUAUCAGAAGAUGGUAAUGAAGAUUUUGAAAAUGAAAUCGAUAAAAUAUCUUUAACCACCAUCAUUCAACAAUUAAUUCAUUGGUGUGAUCCUUCAAAUUUAGUUAACAAAGAAACAGACGAAUAUCUUAUCAAUAGUCAAAUUCAAGCAAAAUUGUUCUUAGAGUCAAUUCGAUUAGAAUAUAGUAAAAAACAAUUCAAGAAAACCAUUAUAAGUAAUUUACCCAAAAUUCACAUAGACGAAAGAAUUGGAAGUGAAAGUUUGACUGAAUUAUUGGAAGACAUUGACCAGACCAUUGAAACUAUUGAUGAUAGAAAGGAAGAACCUGAUUUUUCAAUUGAUAAUUAUUCAUUGAAGAGUUUGACCAAGUUCAGAGAUAUUGUUGAAGCUGCAAAGGAAAAAGCUUUUGAAAAUGAAGCUAAUCAAGGUGAUAUGGAAGUAGAAGAAAUCGAAGAAUCUGAAGAAGAUUUGCAACAAGGCGCAGGAGAAGUAGAACAAGAUAAUGAUAUGGAAGUCAAAGAAGAAGAUUCAAUUGAUGAACAUCAUCUGCAACAUCAAUCACACCGUGAUGAAGCUGAAGAAGAAGGUGAACAAGAAGAACAUGAUGAUAUGGAACUAGAUCAACAUUCCAUAAAAUACGAAACCGAUGUUAUGAACGUCGAUGUCGGCGAUGUCUCUCAAGACAUCGAAUCGGAGCUAAAAUCAAUAGAUGAAUUUUUGGACGCGCAGGAUUAA